AUGUUAAUAAACUUGUUUGUUUGUUUGUCAACCAACUUUAAAAAUUAUACAAAGGAUGAUUUUGACAAUGAUUGUCUUGUUAAUGCCACCAGUUCUUCUAACAACUUUGAUCUUUCUAAUGAUACUGGUCCUUUAUGCAACUCUUUAACAUUGAAUAAUAGCAACUCAGAUAAUGCUUUUGGUAAUGAUCAUCUUUCUGUUAAUGCUGGUUCUUUUUUUUAUAGCUUUUUUACAAAAGAUACUUUUAAAGAAGAUCAAUUUUCUGGUGACACUAGUCCUAAUAGUAAGGUUAUGACUGAAUCUGUUAGUACAAAUUCUGAAGACUAUAAAGAUUUAGAGAAUCAGAACAACAUAUUAGAGUUAAAAAUUGGGCUUACCUUUGUGAGUUGGGUAGAAUUUAAAGCAUGGCUGAAUAGUUUUGCUAAAAACCAAGGAUUCAGCUAUAGGGUUAGGACUAGUCAGAUAGAUGGAGAAAUGGAUGAAGAUAAUGAAAAUGUUAAUGUUGGAUUACAAGAGCAUGAACAAGAUGUUCAGCAAGUUCUUUUCAAGUUAUUAGUUAGAAAUAUUGCUCAAGAAGUAGUUUUGAAAGUGUAG